GAACACGCGCAGGUUUGUUGUGGAGCAGAAGGAGAAGGAGAAGAAAGAGAAGAAAGAGAAGAAGGAGAAGAAGAAAGAAGGCUUCACCUGUAGAUGUGAGACAUCGUCAAGGCUCGCGCUGUGGAUAUCGCUGGAAUUAACUUGGUUAUCUUCCUCUUCCUCUUCCAAACAUUAUUGUUACUUGCGGGCGACUGUCGCCUGUCGUGCUCCGGUGUGACGGGGUACCAGUGCGGGCUGUGCGUGCAGGGAUGUCGGCAUGGCUUGCACCAGGAGAACCAAAACUUUGGUGUCCACAUGCGUGAUCCUGAGCGGCAUGACCAACAUCGUGUGCCUGCUCUACGUCGGAUGGGUCACGAAUUACAUCGCCAACAUUUACAUCAAAGUGCCGCUGCCUUUACCGGAGCGAAAGUUGGAGGGAGACAAACGAGGCGACACGCUCCGGAUCAUGGAGAGACUCGACCGCCUCGAGAGCGUGGUCAACCAGCACAUACAAGAGACUCCAGCGAGGGGAGAGGACGGUCAGGCGGACGCGUCGUUCUCCGACUCGUCGCUGUUCGCUCACUGGGGUCAGGACCUCAGUCCGGACAACCGGCGAGUGGCGCUGAAGAUGUUCCAGUACUACGGUUAUAACGGCUACCUCAGUGAUCGUCUCUCUUUAGACCGGCCGAUACCGGACCUGAGGCCUGAUGGGUGCAGAAACGCCACUUAUCCUUUCAAUCUCCCCCAAAUGAGCAUCGUGUUCAUCUUUGUGAACGAAGCCUUGUCCGUCAUCCUGCGAUCCAUCCACUCUGCGGUCAACAGGACGCCGUCGCACCUGCUGAAGGAGAUCAUCCUGGUUGACGACCACAGCAAUAACAGUGACUUAAAGGAGAAACUGCAGGAUUUUGUCUCUGAAACCAACAGCCAGCAUCCAGGUUUUAUUAAGUUGGUGCGACAUUCCAAGCAGGAGGGUCUGAUCCGGUCCAGAGUGAGCGGGUGGAGGGCCGCCACCGCCCCGGUCGUUGCCCUGUUUGAUGCCCACGUGGAAUUCAACAUCGGCUGGGCCGAGCCCAUUCUUCAGAGGAUUAAAGAGGACAGAACCCGCAUUAUCUCGCCGUCGUUCGACAACAUCAAGUACGACACGUUUGAGAUUGAAGAGUAUCCGCUGUCUGCCCAGGGCUUCGACUGGGAGCUGUGGUGUCGCUACCUCAACCCGCCCAAGUCCUGGUGGCACAAGGGCAACAAGAGUGCACCGAUCCAGAGCCCGGCCCUGAUUGGCUGCUUCGUGGUAGAUCGGCUGUACUUUGAGGAGAUUGGGCUGCUGGAUGAAGGGAUGGAGGUGUACGGAGGAGAGAAUGUGGAGCUGGGCAUCAGGGUGUGGCAGUGUGGCGGCAGCGUGGAGGUCCUGCCGUGCGCUCGCAUCGCGCACAUCGAGCGCGCGCACAAACCCUACACCGAGGACCUGACGUCUCACGUGCGGAGGAACGCCCUCAGAGUCGCCGAGGUUUGGAUGGACGAGUUUAAAAGUCACGUCUACAUGGCCUGGAAUAUUCCCCAGGAGGACUCCGGGAUUGACAUCGGUGACAUUUCGGAGAGGAAGGCUCUGAGGAAGCGGCUGCAGUGUAAAACCUUCCGCUGGUACCUGGUCAACAUCUACCCCGAGAUGAGGAUGUACAGCGACACCAUCGCAUACGGAGUGCUGAAAAACUCUCUGAAGAACGAUCUGUGUCUGGACCAAGGCCCCGACAACGACAACGUCCCCAUCCUGUAUCUCUGCCACGGGAUGACACCUCAGAACGUGUACUACACGAGCGCGCAGCAGCUGCACGUGGGCCUGCUCAGCCCCACGGUCGACGACGACGACAACAAGUGCCUGGUGGACGUGAACAGCCGACCUCGCCUCAUCGAGUGCAACUACGCUGCGGCCAAACGCAUGAAGCUCCACUGGCUCUUCACUCAGGGAGGACUCAUUCAGAACAGGAAAUCAAAGCGAUGCCUGGAGCUCGUGGCGAGCAGUGACAACGAGUUCGGCUUCCAACUGGCUCUGCAGAAGUGCAGCGGGCAGAAGUGGUUCAUCACGAACGUGCUGUUCAACAGCUCGUUAUGAUCGAGCGACGCGCGGGGGGCGAGGGGGCGGAGUUCUGGUCGAGCAUGAGCGGCCGGCGUCGCGUCGUAAACGUUCCAACGUUUUAUUUUGCCUACACGAUACACGGCCACGGUUUGGCGGAUAUUUUGCAGAUUUGACGAGGUUAGUAAAUGGAGUAUAUUUUGUGGUAAUGACAGUACGCUCAGAUUUUGGUUGAGUUUCGGAGUUUUUUUGUUUUGUACUUUUUUUGUUGUUGAUAUUUCUGCUACCGUGUAGCAAGCGUUUCCUGAACCUGACGUUGCUGUGAGUCUUUUAUUUCAGUGUCUCAGGUUUGUAGGGUUAUCUGUACAGCUGUGCGGAAGUGUUGGAAUAAAUCUGAGAGAUUAUUUUCUAAAUGUAAAUAUUCCAAACGUUUGUAAUUUAUAACAGUAAAAGAAAAAAAUGAUGAUUACUGAUGUAAAAUACAACGUGCAAGUGCCUCUUU